ACUAUCAACCAGUGAAGAGAUAUGGACACUCCACAGUAAAGGUAGGAGACUACCUAUAUAUGUGGGGUGGGGACGGGUAUGGAGUAGGCUAUGAUGUGAUGGAGGUGUAUCACUUACCAAGUGGUGCUUGGGACCAGAAACCUACUACUGGUACCCCACCACCAGGUAUCUGGGCUUACUCAUCCAUCGCCAUAGGAAAGGACAUAUAUUAUUUCGGUGGAAGUGAUGGUCGUGGUUAUCAAAACAGCUUACAUUGUUUCAAUGUGGAUUCAUUCAAGUGGAGGGAACUCACUCCUUCUAAUUCUGAUCAUGGUCCAAUGAAGAAGGGCUACUGCGGAAUAAUAUCAGUUCAUUUUGACAUUGAAGACUAUCUCGUAAUAAUAGGAGGCCAUACAUCAUCUUCUACUCCAAAGCAACCUGAUGCUCAGUAUUCAGCUAGUGGUAGAU